AUGGCCUGCCGACCGAAGGUCACGCCUCCCUACUAUAAACGCUUUUACUCAACUGUUGGAGACAUGGUCUCUGGCAUCUUUGAAAUCAUCUUCGAAGGUAUUCUUCCGUUUUUUGUCGCGGUUGUUCUUAUCCUUGUGAUUCUUUUUGUUUGCUUCUUGGUUUGUAUGAUGGUUGCGGGUGCGUUGGGGUAUGAUGUUGGGAUGGAUGAGAAGAAGAAGACAGAGCAGGAGAAGGGUGAGCGUCGGAAUAAGGAAGACAGUCAAAGUUCGAAUGAAUGUGAGAAGAAGGCCCCCGGGGCUGCUGGCUGCGAUGGUUCCGGGACCGGGGGAAAUGGGGAGGUGGAUGAGAAGACCAGGUUGAGGGUUGAGAUUGAGAUGUUGGAGGGGAUAUUGAGAGCUCGGAAGGAGAGGCUUGGGGAGUUGAACAAGGAUUAA